AUGCCACACUCCAAAUGGGAGAAAGCGAAAUUGUAUUCAAAGCGAGGGUUUGAUAAAGUCUGGAAUACUGUCGAUAAGCUUGGCGCACCGGGAAAUCGCUCUUCGAAAAAGCUCGGUGCUGAGGCGUUCUGGCCUGCGACGCUAGACAAGGAAAGCGAAAAGGCGGCCCGUAUCCUGCGCAGCUUUUGUAAGGACGGAUUCUACACCGAGGUUGAAGAUGAGAAUGAGAGGCAAAGCGGGUCAAGUUCGCACUCAAGUAAAGAUGAUAGGACGGCAGAAUACAAGGGUACCGAAGGUAGAAACAAGGGGAUUAUUGGCAAGCCCAGAGGAAAGCCAAGGGUUGUUCAAAAGAUACCUUCAGCGGUGAUCAAACAGGCAAAGGGCCUUGCAAUAUUUACAACAAUGAGAACAGGCCUCUGGCCUAGUGGAUCUGGAGGUAGCGGAAUUCUGGUCGCAAGGAUCAAGGAAACGGGCGAGUGGAGUCCGCCUUCGGGAAUCAUGCUGCAUACAGCCGGGCUUGGAUUUCUGACUGGCGUUGAUAUCUACGAUUGCGUGGUUAUCAUAAAUACAUGCGAAGCUCUGGAGAGGUUCAAAGCUAUACGUUGUACACUUGGUGGGGAAGUCAGCGUUGUUGCCGGACCCGUCGGUGUGGGAGGUGUUUUGGAAACCGAAAUGCAUAAGCGACAGGCUCCGUUGUGGAUGUAUCUGAAAAGUCGGGGAUUUUAUGCUGGUGGCCAGGUAGACGGGGCCAUCAUUAUCGAGAGAAGCGAUGAAAACGAACGUUUUUAUGGCGAGAGAAUUUCCGCUGCCGAUAUUUUGGCGGGUAAAGCAAAACAUCCGCCGCAAUCGAUAACUACGUUAAUGCAGACGAUAAAAGCAGCCCAAGGCGAUGAAGAUGUGGAUAAUUCCAUGCUUCCACCACCAGGGGAAGCUCCUGGAGAUGCUGAAAUUGAAAAGGAUUUGUUCGGUAUUCCAGCGCCCAAAGACCCCGAUCCGUUUGGUGUAAAAGCAUUAGAACAAGAAGGCAUAGUGAUCCGAGAAGCCGGAACGAGACGUAUACCUAGUAGUGGCAUGUUUGAAUUCCGACCAAGCCCGACGAGUCCUAUAUUCGACCAUCGCUUCCCGCGGCUGAGUGCAAGCAGCUCUCAGAGGGACAGCUGGCGGAGCAGCGUUCAGAGUACUGCGAGUGCCGACAGAAGCACCCAGACAGACGACUUCAUCGACAGCCGACCCACAGUCUCCUUAACAUCAAUCAGUCGCAUCUCGUCACAUAAUGGUAAAGAUAAGACACCAUGGUCCCUCUACCAGUUGGAAGUUGAUAACUCAUCUAUAACAGAGAGCACUACAGCUUCAACAAAAGAGAAUUCUUCCCCACGGCGAGGAUCCCUUUGCAUUCAAGAUCACACCAUUCCAGAGGAUCCGAACCAAGCCCGUCCUGCCAGCCCCUCUUUUACUCGUGCUCGCCUCGUUACUAUCCACAAACGCUUAUCACCACCACCGCCACCACUACCGGCUAGGAAUGCUACACGCGUCACCUCGCCUACUUUAUUGCAUCUUCCAAUAUCGGAAGAAGCAACACAAGAUCAAAUUUCAGCUUAUGAUGAGAGUAUUGAAAUUUUUGAGGUGCGUGACGGCGACGAGAACCACGGGUUGAUGAAGCAUGAUUCAACCGCGAAGGACGUAUUCAAAGGAGAAGUAGCUAUUGAAGAAAUCCAAUCCACCAAAGCGGCUAAAUCGUCUAAUGAAAACCGUUAUCAGCGGGGAGGCAGAUUUUUUAAAGGGACCACCGUGGAGGAGGGAUAUGGCGAAGUUUUAACAACAAUGGGUGCAAAAAGGGAAACUUUGACUGAAAAUUUCAAAUCUACGGAAAAAGCUGAAGUUGUUUUGUCUCUAGACGAGACGUUGCAGAAUGGAUUUGUGAAUGAGGAUAAGGAGGAAUUUCACUCUGUUGUUCCUAUCUCCCUGAAAUCAACAAUACAUUUUCAAUAA